CCAGCACACGGUCGCCCGGUUUUCCCGGCACCCCUCGCGCCGCCGGAGCCAAGAUGGAGGAGUACGCGCGGGAGCCGUGCCCCUGGCGAAUUGUGGAUGACUGCGGUGGGGCCUUUACGAUGGGCACCAUAGGUGGUGGUAUCUUUCAAGCAGUCAAAGGCUUUCGCAAUUCUCCAGUGGGAGUAAACCACAGACUACGCGGGAGUUUGACAGCUAUUAAAACCAGGGCUCCGCAGUUGGGAGGUAGCUUUGCUGUUUGGGGAGGUCUGUUUUCCAUGAUCGACUGCAGUAUGGUUCAAGUCAGAGGGAAAGAAGACCCUUGGAACUCCAUCACAAGUGGUGCCUUGACAGGAGCCAUCCUGGCAGCAAGAAAUGGACCAGUGGCCAUGGUCGGGUCAGCUGCCAUGGGUGGCAUUCUCCUAGCUUUAAUUGAAGGAGCUGGUAUCUUGUUGACAAGAUUUGCCUCUGCACAAUUUCCCAAUGGUCCUCAGUUUACUGAAGACCCCUCCCAGUUGCCUUCAGCCCAGUUACCGGCCUCACCUUUUGGAGACUAUCGACAAUAUCAAUAGGACUUUCUCCCAGGAUUUCUUUAACAGAAUGAACUGUAGUUCAAGAGGGGAUUUCGGAAGAUCAAGUUACAGUCUGUUUUUAAAACCAUGGGUGGGACAGCUAUGGCCAAAUAGGCUAUGAAGAGACAUUUAGCACAUUUUUCUAUUUAAAGGAACAUGGAAGGGGGAGUGUUAAGAGAUAAUACAUUUAUUUAUUCACAUUUGGAUUACAUUUGUGAGCAAAGUAAAUGUCUCAUAUCUUUAAAAGGAAAUAUAAUAAGUGCUUAGAAGAUGAAGGACCACAGGGCAGACAACAGGGAGACAUGCCCGCCAUUCCUUGGGGACUUCUCUGCCUGGAUUUGUGCAUUGUGUUAGUCAGACAAUAAAAACUCCUGGAACUUGCUCUUUCUUUUAAGAUAAGCUGUAGAGUUCUGCUUUUCAUCCUCACAUACUUCAAAUAAUGCAAAGUACUUGGAAAAUAGCAUGUUUUGUUGUUAGGCUCUUGUCUCUCUUGAGGUAAAUUAUGUCUGAGAAGAAUCGUGCAGAGUCCACAUGGAUCAUUCCACAGUAAAUUCUGCAUGGAUUGAAAGCUAAGGUGAAGUACUCGCCCUUUACUUUGAAAAUAAAAUAUACUAUUUCUUGGUU